AUGAAAUCUAAAUCAAGUCCUACACGGCCUACGACUUUGUUCAUUUUAACCAGUCUCUUAGCUGCUCUGGCCACAGCUUCCCCAGUCUCUUUCACUUCUUCUGAAAUAUCAACAUCCACAAACUCUUCUACUUCUUCAAUAUCCCAAGAACAACUACCCUUCUCAACAACAUUAUCCCCACAAGAUGGAAUCUUCAGACGCCAAUUUGACUCUUCAAAUUCAACAAUCACUUCUUCAUCUAUUGAAGAAUCAACCUCUCUUUCAUCUCAAGAAUCUACAAAUACACAACAGUCAACUUCCAUUUUUACUCUCGUGACAACAAGUACCUCCACAGUGGGACCAUCGGAUUCUUCAUCCUCCUCUACUGAUAUCCCAACUUCAAACCCAGAUUCUUCAUCCUCUUCAACAACUACAUCAGAUGAACCAACCCCAUCACCUUCAACUACUUCAUUUGAAUCAACAGUCACAGUAACUGAAUCUUCUCCCUCCUCUUCUUCAUCCCCCUCUACAGACUCGUCCCAGCAAACUACUUCCACAGAUUCUACUAACUCAGCCACUACAACUACCCCUGAUACAACUUCCUCCAACCAGGAAACAACUCUAGUCACACGCAGUGUCAUUGUCUUCAUUGAUUCUACAACAACCCAAUCUUCCGUAGUUGCAGAUACCCCCACUGCAACUACUGCAACUGACUCCUCUGCAGAAACCACUUCUGGCUUUGUGACGCGCGACGUGACAGUCGUUAUUACGCGCACUGCCUCAGUGGAUGCAGGUGCUGCUGCAGAAACUUCCUCCGGAUCCUCAUCUAACCAAGAGAGCGGAACACUAGCAACCCAAGGUUCCAAUAGCCAAAACGGUGGUGGUUUAUCCACUCAUGACCGCAACAUUGUCAUUGGUGUUGUUGUUGGUGUUGGUGGAUUUUUGGUUCUUUUGGGUGUAGGGUUUGUUGUUUGGCGCUUGUUUUUGCGCAAGGGUGAUUCAAAUGGUGCUCCCUCUGGUAAAGUCCCUGGAGGCCAUGGGUCCCGCCGAUCACCUUUGCUUUUCUUCCGAAAGGGAGAAAGAGGCUCCGCUGAAAAAGUGGGGAUGCCGGCAGGUUCUGGUGUACUUGGAACUGGUGGCGGAGUGGGUGUGGGUGCCCUUAGCGACGACGAAAGUGAUGUUAACAUGUUUCGUGCAAACAUUGAUCAGUACCAUGCGCCACGCGCUACCGCUGCAUCUAAUUUCUAA